GGCAAUUCUAAAAUGGCGACGCUAAUGUCAAACAAAGCGUGAAUCUUGUGAGCCUUGUUUUUUUGUGAUUCUCAGUGUUACAAAUAUAUUUUCUUCGGUAAUUAAUGAGUUAUCCGUUAAAAAAUAACCAAUGAAAAUGUCCCGCGACCAUAGGAAAGAUGGGAGACCUUAUUACAACAACAGGGAUAGGAAUUGGGAUAGGGACCGGGAUCGUGAUCGCGAGCGAGACCGCGAACGAGACCGCGAUCGUGCCGAUCGUGAUCAUGGGGAUUACAGAAGCCGGCCGAUAAGGAAGCGGAGCCGCACGCCUCCUCGCCGGGACGACGACAAACGCCGAAGUCGAUCGCCCAGGAAAUCAGCGAAAGAUCUAAUAGAUGAGAAUAUUUUAAGCGAGAUAUCCAAACUGCCGGAGCCGAGUGAGCUCUGGGACAAUCAGUUCCAGGAGAACGCGUUCCCUGCACCACCACCCGCUUUUCCGCCGGCAGAGGCUACAGCUAACUAUGGUUCCUCAUAUCAGCCAUCAUACUCUGGAAUCUAUGAUGACUUCCCAUCUGUUGACCCAAUACCACAACCAUCUCAUCCUCCAGAAAUGGCUACUUGGAACCAAAUGUCACUGCCACCACCACCACUGGCAGUCGCACCGGCACCAUUCCUCAACAACGUUGAAGACCAGAUCAAGAAAGAAGCUGCGAUUGAAUCGGAAAUGCGUCACCAGAAAGCAGCUCUGUCCAAACAGAGAGAAGACUACAUUAAGAAAGCAAAUAUUCUCAAGAAAGAACUGGACACAUUAAAAGAUCAGCGGAACGAACUCCGCGGUGACGCGAAACGUUCACCAAGCCCGGACACCAAGAGGUUUUUGAAGGAAAACACCAAGUUGCAGUUGGAGAUUCAGAACAAGUUGAAGACGAUCUACAAUGUAGUGGACAUGCUGAACGGGAUCAUCGGCGAGGAGGCGCACGACUUGCACGACUCCGAGACCGAGUCCUCCGAGCGCACCGCCAAGCGGAAGUCUAGGUCGCCCGCCAACAAGAAGUUCAACUAUGUGUACUACGACCCUGAGAUGCACUGGUGUCGCGUCUGUAACGAGUUCCCGCCGACUGCUAAGGAUUAUCUGAACCAUUUGCACUCGCCGGCGCAUCACAAGAUGGCAGCAGCCCACCUAGAGGCUCCAUGGCACACUGUGUCGGGUGUCAAUGAGGGGUUCCCCAGUUUCUCGUCUGCUCCCACGAAGCGGACACCUAUUAAAGGUCUCCAGUUCUUUGUGCCGUCGACAGCGUGGUACUGCAAGCUCUGUGAUCAGUUUAUUGGAGACCUGCACUGUGCAUCCGCGCAUUUGAAGUCAGUCGUACAUUCCAAGAACUACACCAACUUUGUAGAACAAAACCCACACUGGGAAACAGAUUGGAUGUCGGACCGUCAAAAGGCAUUUGAGAAAACUCGAGCCAACAAGGGCAAGUCCGACGACAAACCUCAAUACACAGCUCAUACUAUCACUUUCAACAAAGAUGGCUUCCACACUAAGAGGAAGGAUUCCCCCCCUCCCUCUGCGGAGGACAAAAAGAAGAAAAAGGAUAAAAAAAAGAAAGCUAAGCGGCAAAGCAGCAGCAGCUCGUCCAGCGACUCCAGCAGCUCGGAUAGUGAGCCUAUUAAGAAAAAGAAGAAGAUUAUUAAACUUAAGAAACAAAGAGGCAAAGUCGAAGUUCGUGGUGACAAGUCGCUAACUGAGUGGAUGUCCAACAUACAGAUGGACAGGCUUAAUGAUAAUGACAGGAAACUGCUGGAUACACUUAAAAGCAGGAUCAAGAAAGAGAAAGUAGAAGACGAAAAACGCAGAUCGCCGGAGCGUGAAAGGGAACGCUCUUCGUCAGACCAACAGAGGAAAGCGAGAGAGCCGGAGCGUCGCUCCCCGCGCUCUCCGUCGCGCUCGUCGCGCCGCCGCGACCGCGAGACCACGCCCAGGCUCGACGCCAAGAAGCCAGAGAUACGGAAGAUGCCCUUCAUCGGAAAAAUGCCUGUUUACAAGCAUUUGGGAAAGAACCCCAAAACUGAGGAACAGAAGAAAGAAGAACAGAAAAAGAAAGAGGAAGAAGAAGUUACUAAGAAGAGGAGGGAGGAAAUGGAUGCUGAGAUACAGAAAAAGGUGGCGGAGUUCAAGGAGAAGAUAGCCCGCGCGCAGCUGGAGCGGCAGGCGCAGGUGGAGGCCGAGCUGCCGGCGCCGGGCUCGCUGCUGGGCGCGCCGCCGCUGGCCGCGCCGCUGCAGUACGCGGCGCCCGCCCUGCCCCUGCAGCCGCAGCCGCCACCACCAACACCUCAACCGCCGCCACAGCAGCCGAACCUGCCUAAGGACUUCCAGGACGCCCUGGACAUCAUAUUCCCCACGGAGGUCAAGAACCCUGACAUGACGCAACAAGACGGGCUGUUCCCUCUCCCGCCAGGCUUCCCGGGCAUACCGGGCCUCAUGAACCCAUUCCCACCACUGCCGCUCAUGCAGACACAAAUGACGCAGAUGUUUGGGUUCGACCUCAACGCACCUCUCUUCCAACCGCGCUCUCAGCUAUACGACACUCAUGUGCCCCUAGUACCGAGCCCGAAACCAAGGCCGCGCCCUAAGAACAACAACAACAGACCCAAGCCUGAAGUGAGGCCAAAACCUGAACCACCAAAGCCUGCUGAGGAUAGCAGCCAGUUAGCUCGGAAGAAGGAAGAAAUGGAUGACCUAGCCAUGUUAGGGAUCGACGCGUCCGAUGUUGGUGCCGGUAUCUAACUGGCAAGAAAAAUUAAAGACAGUUGACAUACAGCAUUUUAAAAUAAUUUGGUUUUAGUGUGCACGCAAAUACUAUUCACCUUCUAAGGUAUUUGAGAGGUAAGACAGGGGGAGGGUUGACUAUUGACAAAACGUUCACGAUGUUGGUCAUUGUUUUUGCCUCCUUCCUGCAGCUCACCUCGGGAAGUGACAAGUGCUUACGCGGACACUAAUAUCAAAAGCAGCCGCUUUUAUCUCACACGGUAUUGUAGUUAUUCAAUUAGAACUUAUUGUAUUUUUCAUUCAUGACUAACUAAAUUAAUCAAUUUCUGUCUAAACACUUACACUUCAGCUUUUCUUGCAUUGGUUAUCGUCUAUCUAUGUAGGUAUUCCUUAAGCAAUAAUUAAAUUAAGGUUUUAGUGUCGAUAAAGAAAGCUUUACAGAGCUGGUUGACUACUGAUAAAUAAAUUUUGUUAGAAUUAACAUAAGAAUGUCAAGUUUAGUAGUUUUUUGUUACAUAGGUCUAACCAUGUGCCAAUAUUCUUGCUAGAAUAAUGAACGACUUUACAAUAUAACUUGUAAUUUAAUUUUCUGUGAACUACAAAGACGUUAAUUUGGUACAACAAUGGCGCCAUCUACAGUAGAUGUUCCUGCGUUGUUAUUUAUGAUUUAUACAAUUUCUUAUUGGCUGUGCUGUUUAAGUGCUGCCAUCUAUUACAGUUUGUAUUCUGAAAAUAACGUGGCUGGCUACAGUAGAAACAUAUUAAAUUAUGUUUUGUUCUCACAACACAUUUUGUGCUACUUUUGUAGGACAAUUCUGCAUUAUGGUAAUAUUGUGUUAAAAAGUAGUAAAAUUUAAACCAAGUGACUAAUACAAGGUAAAAUGAAUAGGCACUAUACAUUGUAUGCGUUAUAUAGUAGUAAUUUCUUGACAAAAACGUUGUUAACAGUUUGACUUAGAGUGGUUGUAUCCACAAACAAAUCAUUAUUAUUAAGUGGAGACUGUAUUUUUUCAUGAUAAUAAACAUCAUGGUUAUA